UCUUGUUCCGCCUGCUCCCUUUGUGCUCACAUUCUGCCCUGCCAUGCCCUGCUCUCAAGAGGCACAAGUCAUCUCCCCCAGCAAACGGGCCCGGCCUGCGAAGGAGGGCGGCAUGCGGCUCCGCUUUGUCCGGCUUUCGGAGCACGCCACCGCUCCGACCAAGGGGUCUGAGCGCGCCGCGGGCUAUGACCUAUACAGUGCCUAUGAUUACACAGUACCACCUAUGGAGAAAGCCCUUGUGAAAAGAGACACUCAGAUAGCUCUUCCUUCUGGGUGCUAUGGGAGAGUAGCUCCACGUUCUGGCUUGGCUGCAAAACACUUCAUAGAUGUAGGAGCUGGUGUCAUAGAUGAAGAUUAUAGAGGAAAUAUUGGUGUUGUCCUGUUUAAUUUUGGCAAAGAAAAGUUCGAAGUCAAAAAGGGUGAUCGAAUUGCACAGCUCAUUUGUGAACGGAUAUUUUACCCAGAAAUAGAGGAAGUUCAAGUUUUAGAUGACACUGAAAGGGGUUCAGGAGGUUUUGGUUCCACUGGAAAUAAUUAAAAUUUAUGACAAGAAAAGAAAAUGAGAAAAUAUACUUUUUCCUUGAAAA